UCCGGAUGGUGGUGCUGGUCUUACACAGACAGUGGCUGAGUAUCAAAGCUCAGGAGAAGCAAGUAGGCGGUAUUCAAACAUGGACGAGUCCAGGUGUUCACUCACUGAGGGAGACUCUUAUGUUACUGCACUGGCUGCUGCUGAACGACUCUUCUUUCUCAAUGCACUGUCUGGAUGUGUUGCACAUGUACCAUCAGAUCAUCCCAGGCAUCAGAGACACGCUCCGUAGGAUCCCUGACCUCACAGAGUGUGAAGAACUGGCUAUAGAGGAGAUCUGUCGACCAGACGCUGAGGAAGUGGAAGAUAUGGACAUUGACGCCAGUUCUUAA